AUGGUCUUCCCGCGGUUCCUACUGCGUAUCCGCACUCUGCUCGGUGUGCUGUUUCUCAUCGCCUUCCUGACGUGGGGCUACACGCGAUAUGACUCCGACGACUACCGCAUCAUCUUCACCGGCCCCGACACGUCGGCGCAGGUCUCCGUGGACCUGACGGAGCACCACCGAUGGUUCUGGUAUAAGUUCCACCCACUCCUCGAGAAGUACGGGCCCGACGCCGACCCGCUGAUCGAGGAGGAAAAGGCGCCGACCGAGGGCUUCAAAGCGACCAACCCUGCGUCGCGCCCAGAUUACCUGUCCCUGUCGGCGGCCGCGAUCGUCACCAUGAAGGAGUCUCAUACGGGGUUCGUGGACGUGGUAACGCACGCUCCGCCGCUGCUGCGCUAUAUGCCCGGCACCAAGGGUCUGGUCUCGACGGCCGGCGGCUCGUAUCUGCCCGUGCUGGUGAUCUCGUUGCGCAUGCUUCGUCGCACGGGGUCCAAGUUGCCCAUGGAAGUCUUCUUGGCUGAUGAUAGUGAAUACGAAGAACAUAUCUGUGAGGUGGUGCUGCCGGCACUGAACGCGCGAUGCAUCGUGCUCUCGCACAUCCUGAACGUGGCACCCACCACCAUCUCCAAAUACCAGUUCAAGCCCUUCGCCAUGCUCUUCUCCUCAUUCGAGGAUAUCCUGUUUCUCGACGCCGAUGCCUUCCCGCUCGAGAAGCCAGACGUCUUGUUCAAGAGCGAGCCCUUCCGCUCCAAGGGUAUGAUCACCUGGCCGGAUUUCUGGGCCUCGUCAGCCUCGCCACUCUUUUACGAGAUCGUCGGCCAGCCCGUUCCAGCCAUGGACCUGCGCCAGUCGACUGAGUCCGGCGAGAUCGUCAUGUCCAAGUCCAAGCACCUGCGCACCCUCCUUCUGUGCACCUAUUACAACUACUGGGGACCAACGCACUACUACCCGCUCCUCUCGCAGGGUGCCGCAGGCGAAGGCGACAAGGAAACCUUCGUGGCCGCCGCAACAGCCAUGAAUGAGCCCUUCUACCAAGUCAGCGAGCCGAUCUGCGCGCUCGGCCACGCAACAGCGGGCGGCCUAGCCGGAUCCGCCAUGGCGCAGUUCGACCCCGUCGCCGACUUCGCGCUCACACGCCAGGGCAAGUGGCGCAUCAAGGGCGACUCGGCGCCCGCCCCGCCCGUGUUCUUCAUCCACGCCAAUUUCCCUAAGUUCAACCCGGCCACUGUCUUCACGUCGCAGGCCGUCAACCCAGCCAUUGCGGACGACGGCUCGUAUACCCGUGCCUGGACCAUCCCCGAGAAGGUGGUGGAGGAAUUCAGCGCCAAGAACGACGUUGAGAAAAACUUUUGGCGCGAAAUUCUUUGGACCGCUUGUCAGCUUGAGGAUAAGUUCCGUACCUGGGAGGGCCAAGCUGGGAUUUGUGCUGGUGUUAAGGAUUACUGGAGUGUCAUCUAUGGGCCGGAGGACCCCGAACCCGUCUCGUGA